ACACAGAACAACGGCGUGUUUUUUGCUCGAGGGAUAUGGCGCGUAAUCCGAUCGAUUAACUUCUUUCAAGAGGAAUCUUCAUUAAGCAUUCUUAAAGCGCUAAACGAGAUAUUAAGAAGAUGGAUGAAAUUGACGAUACAGACUUAUUUGAGGAAGAUGAUAUAGAGCAUAUGAUCGAAGAGAAUGAAGAUGAAAGUGUUGAGAAACAAGAUGGAAAUGACGACGAACGUGGCGAAAAUAAGGACAAUGAAAUCGAAGAUACUCAAAAUAUUAAAAAAGAUAUUAAGAAGAGAGUUGUUAGAAAUCCUAGAGUUAAAUUGGAUGCUUCAAGAUUAUGUGGAGAAAGAGGAAUUGCUAUAUUACCAAAGAUUUUUGAAGAUGUGAGAUUUAAAGGUAAAGGCUAUGAGAAAGAAGAUCUAAAUAAAUUAAUGUCAACAUUAGAACAUUGGGCUUAUCGUAUGUAUCCCUGUGUGUCAUUUGAUGAAUGCUUGCAGACAAUUGAAAAAUUAGGAAACAAAGCACCUGUUAAGGUUUAUUUAAAGAAAUUAAGAUUAGAUAUGCCUCUUCUGACAAAUGAUUUUAUUAGAGAUGAUAAUGAGGAUAAGGAUGAAAAUAGUUCAGAAAAUAUACCCAUGAUGACAGAUGAAGACAGAUUUGAUAGCUUAAUUAAGGAAUAUGAAAAUCAAAAUCAAGCAAAUAGUUCAUUUUUAUCUGGUAUUGAUCCCAUUAAUUAUUCAUUACCAGAUGAGUCUUGUACAUCAAAAUCACCAUUAAAAUUUCCUAAAGAGUUUACAGACGAACAGAAAGAAAGAAUGGAAAAGAACAAAAGAAUUGCUAUGCAACGUAGACUACUUUCGGAAAAUAUUGGUAAUGAAGGCAGUAGUCAAACAAACAUGGAAUCUGUUACAAAUGAAAUAGAGAAAAACAAUUAUAGCUUAACAAAUAAUGAUGAUGAUUUAAGUGAAAAAUCUAUAAUGACACAUUUAAAUGAUUCAAAUCUUGACACAUUAAUAUCUAAUAAUAAAACUGUUGAAAAAGAGCAUCCUGAAGAAAAUCCUCAAUGUUUUAUUGGAAAAAACAGCAAUAAUAAAUUAAACAUGAACUCUCUGAAUUCAGAUAAAGUAUUAUCUAUUGAAGAACCCAAAUAUAUUGAUGAUUUGGAAAAUAAUGAUUAUUCAAAGAAAGAACUUGAUUGUUAUGCAAUACAAAAUGAUGAUAAAUUAAAUACAUCAUCAAAGAAGAAAUUGAAUUCUGCGGUUAUUGAUGAAGAACCUAUUGAUAUUGAUUCAGAUGAUAGUGAUUGUCUAAGAAUCGCUUGUGAUGAAGAUAGUUAUAAUUAACAAUUAUUAAUGAACUGAAAAAUGAUUAUUGUGCUUAUUAAAUGUUUUUUAAUUAUUAUUUUUCUGAAAGUAUUUUUACUUUUCAAGUUAGAAUAUUUAAGGUUGGCUUGGAAUUCUGACUUUUUGAAGCUUCAAUAUUUAGUUUUGGCUAGUUUGUAUUUUUCAGAGUUAUUAUAACUAAUUAUUGAUACAGAAAUUGUAUAUAAAUUACUGUAAGCAUGCAUAGUUAUAAAAUUAAAUAAAUAUUUUAGAU